AAACUGCUUCAGAUUUUAUUCAUUUGCUGAAACAGGUGGUCUUAGAGAGUCGGUUCCUCACGUGGAUCGCCUGUUCUUCUUCUUCCUCGUCGAGGGAGAAAGCACAGCAAGAAGAAAGGACUUUGUUUUUCCCCUUGUCCUCUCUUUUGGGUAGUGAUUAAUCGAUGGCGGGGAUGUUGCCCGGCGUGGAAUGUGCCCGAAGAAGACGGUUCCAUCAGAGCGGCGGCGAUGCUCCGAGCGUCACCGGCGGGACACGGAGGCCGUCGUUCUGUUUAUACACCAGUAAACACGAAGGGAACUCCCAUACUUCGAUUCCGUCUUUGGUUUCCCGGCAGAGAAAUGUACAGAGUCAGGCGUUGGAGGACAAGAAGCUGGGAGGAGCAGCCAGGGAGGCCAAAGAAAGACUGGACGAGAGGCUUAGAACUCAGAGGAAAUGGUCAGAUUCCAAAAGACGAGCCGUGAAAUCUGGGACUCUGAGAAUCGUGGACGCAAGAACGAUGUCGCCACUAGGCGAAUUACAGACGGAAGUGUGGGGAGCGAAAUCAUCGAGGUGGGAGAGACUGAAGAUGAUGAAAUGGAAGGCGGCGGCGACGAAAACGGCCGCGGAGCAAGAAGAGUGCACCAUUUGCCUGGAUUUGUUCAGGGCAGGGGACCAUUUGGUGCACCUUCCAUGCGCCCAUAGGUUCCACUCGAAGUGCCUCCUGCCAUGGCUCGUGACCAAUGCUCACUGCCCCUGUUGUCGGAUGGAAAUUCACGUCGAGAUUCCAUCUUAGUUGUAGGCUGUUUAGAAGGUGAUAGGAUGAUGGCCCGGUUUCAUUGAAUGUAGUGGUACGUUUUGGUUUGUUUCUUGUCCCCCUCGCCUCUUGGACUUUUGUGUAAGAUAUGUAUGUAACGUGUGAUGGCCAAAGAAGUUGCGAGCUCAUUAAUUCAGCAAUGGAAACUAGCUGGAGGAGGAGGAAGCAAGGAUUGGAUGGAACCCUUGUUUGAAUGAUAAUGAGUGGUGAUGGGGAAUUCAUAUGGAUGUUACUUGAUAACUUGAUAGGACUUUGAUUUGAAACGGAGAUUGAUUGGCUU